AUGCAUUCUAUCAGCAGUCUCGUCAUCCUCUUGGCUUCGGCCGUUGCAGCUGUUCCAGUCAACACCGUACCGGCCCUCCCAUUAGGUAAUCAUAGUUGUGCAACACCAUCACUACCUGUCAAUGGAGGUGCUUCUGAGCUCCCAAAACCAAGUGGCCCUCUCGUCUAUGUUGCUCUCGGUCGUGGUAUCCAAAAUUACACCUGCUCCGCUGUUGGUGCUACUCCAGUAGCUAUCGGUGCCGUCGCAUCCCUCUACGAUGCUACCGAAUACGCCAAGUGCUCUGGUACUGCAUUCAACACCUUCCCAGGUAUCGCUGUCUAUACCAGUCUUCCCUCUUCCAGUAGCGCUCGCUUCAUGGGCCUCAAUGCUCUAGGCAAGCACUUCUUCGAUGCCAGUGGAACUCCAACAUUCGACCUCUCAUCUGUCUCAAAGAUCCUGUACGCUGCUAAGACUGGUGGUAUCGUCGCUCCCGUCAAUUCUAGCCCAGGACCUGCUGAUACUGGCGCCGUUGACUGGUUGUCGUUGGAUGCCAAACCCACUUACACAUCCGUUGGUCUGAAGCAAGUCUACCGUGUCGAGACAGCUGGUGGUAACGCAAUCAAUCCUUGCAGGGUCGCUGGUGUUGAGAGUGUUCAAUACGCUGCUCAAUACUGGUUUUACAGCUGA